AUACGCAUUCAUUCGUCUUGUAGUAUCGUGCCUGAGGCGCCAUCAACUAGUCAAAAUACGUGGUGUCUUCUUGCGUUUUCUCAUCGUUGAAUGCCUCUAAGCUGCAUCUCCGAAGUGGUAGCAGACUUUGCAAAUUAGAAGCCCCGCUUCAACUGACGCCCUGUAGUCGGUCAGUUGUUCACGGAAGCGUUAGAGUAAAGCUUGAAUCUGUCUCCAGGAUCUCUGCCUCAUGCGAAACCAGUGCGCGCUCCAUUCAAACAUAAAUAUGGGUAAAUUAUAUAUAUGUCGGUGCGGCAUCCGCAGUGCGUUGUCCUGGGCACGACAACGGAUUGUGGUCGACCUUUGGUAAUGGCAAACUAUGGAUAUGAGACACCUGUACCGUAACCGCUAAAAAUCGGUAGCCAACCGCGAUGUAUACAGCCUAAACUCAUUUGUUUACCAACUUGGAUAGCUACGAAACUGGUGUUUCGGUGUAAUAUAGCUUGGGACACACUUUGCUUGACCAUGACGAGUGUUGAAGAUGCCAUUAUUCGAAGGCUGACGAAUUAUUGGACUGUGGUCGCGGCAUUUAUGGCCGUUGGCAACCGAGUAAAACGUUAUCAAUUUAUUUGGAAACAAUCAGUAUCAUAUUAGUCAAAUAAAUAACUAUAACUAAACGCCGUGGUUACGGGCCGUUUAAGCCGUUAAGUUCAAAGUCACACGUUUGUUGAUGCCUCUGUAGGAUUGCUUUUGUUAGGAUUACGUGGACCGGCGAAACGGACGUCUCCAUUAGUUGGUGCGGAUUGUAAGCCCAAUUAUGCUACACAGACGCACGAAAAGUAACAGAAUAAUCUCCAAAGUGGGGAAUUCACCAAAGCUGAGCGGAUUAACGAAACUGAAUUUAUUAAUUCAAAUGCCCGUUUUUCUAUUUUAUUUUAAAGACGAAAAACAUAAUGGGGUGCGGUCGUUUAGAAUUUCAGAGUAAUAAGGAAUUGAUCGAUUCAAGGUCGAUUUAACAAACAGUUUGCUGGGCCUAAUAUAAAGCUUUUCAAGCAAUGUCUGUCGCUCGGAGUACUAUGUGAUUCCACUAAGUGCGUGUGAACAGCGAAGGUGGCCAUGAUAUCUAGCUGAAUUGCCAAUCUAUUUAUCAAAUAGCUACAUAGGUUAGCUAUAUAAGAGGAGGUCGACAGUACUGACAGCGUAAAUUUCUGUAAUUUCUCUAUUAAAUGUCCAGAUUAGCUUCACUUAGAGGUUUGUUCAAUAGCAAUGAAGCCCGUGUAUAGCGUGAAUGUAGAAUAGAAGAAAACAUGCUACAGAUGGCACCUAUUGUACGAUAAGACCCCAUCAAGAGUAACGCGGAUCAUACAAAAGGGAAAGACUUGCCGGGCUUUUGUUAGCAGGGGGCCAAAAUAGCAACAUUUAGCUAGUUGAUAAUCAAACGAAUGUAAAAAGCCGUAUGAAGCCAAUCUAGCUUUAUCUGUGCCAUGGGCAAGAGCAGCACAGUAAGUUAACUAGAGAUAUAUUGUGAUGUGAAUGAUAUUGAAUUAUAACUUAUUUAAAUCAGGAGAAAAUGCAAAGAAAACAUCAAGAAAAACAGAGAUAGGAAAAUGCACAGCUAUACUGAGCGCCCAACAUGAAACAAAUAUCAUGACGGCACACCGCCUAGAAGUUAUUUGUGUCAUUAACUGAUAGUGGUAUGAAGAGAAAUUCAUUUUAACCGCUAGAACUGCAGGCCCCAGAUAGCCAAAGACAUUUAAAGCAUUGAAUUAUAUGAAUACGAAAACAGAUGCCACGGUGAUCCUUUAACCAAUCAACUUGGACGUAACCAAUCAACUUGGAACAAGAGACAUAACGUAACAAAGGUCAGGCUAUAGAGAAAUAACUAACUAUUAAAGUAUAUAUACUGGCUACUCGCACAAUGGUUACCCUCAGAUGAACUGGGGCUCAGCAAACACUAAGUCAGCUUCUCCUGUUCCAUAACACUCACCGUUCAGUGCUAAUUCCUUAUUAUAUUAGAGUUACUCACAUUUUGCAUAUGUUCUUCCAGGCAGUACGCUAAAACCAGCAUAUCCAUAUUGACGAACAGGCUGGUACUUUUUUGUUAGACGCACGAAGCAGAUUAUUGUAUAGUCAUAAACAUAUUUUCAAUUGCAUUAAGUUCCUGCGUGUGACCGUCUCGGUUGCAUAACAUUCGACGGCGUAGAGUGGACGAGACAUUUAGUGGUAUUCUAUGAAUAAGGUAUCUACAAAAGAUAUAUGAUUCAACUCUGAGUGUUAUCUACAAUUGUCAAAGUAAAUUUAUUUUAUAGAUAAAAAUAAUUUAAUAUGACGCUUUGUAUGUCAAACGACAAAAGAAUGAACUUGGUUCAGUCUGAUCUAAUUACAAUUGUGGAGCAAGGGUUCCUUCAUACGACCAAGCUGAAGUCCCAAAUUGAUUCUAAAUCGUAUGGUCUGUUCACCGCCCACCUUUGAACUGAAACGUUUAUGCCACGUGUCAUAUAUAUAUAUAUAUAGAGUAGAACCCAUUUUUUUUUAAAUUUCAUAGGCCUCUCUUUUUAAUGGUCAGUAGUCUUCAACCUAGGUGAGGCCUGCCCAUCGCUACCAUAUCUUUGACCCCCUUUAUGGAUGGGCGACGUGGUCUGUGUAGGCGGCGCGUUUUUUCAAGUGUAUUGCCAUAGUAACCAUGAGCCCGCGGCCACAGCCCGUUCAAAUUCCAGCGUUGGCAAAUUAUUAAUAUGGCAUUUAGUUACUAUACCGUUUCACAAGUAUGUUGAACAAAUUUCAGAUAAAGUUAGCAGAACCUAUCUUAAUCUUUCUAAACCUCCUAAACCUUAAACCUUGGUGCAAUAUCUUAGAGGUGAUUCCAAAAACUUGUUUACACUGUAGAAAUAGCUAACUAUGCUAAAAAAAUUUAAAAAAAGCCUAUUUAUGGUUUGAGCUCUUAUCGAGUCGACAUCUUACAUGAGCAUAGUGCGUACGUAUACUCCUGUAUUGCCCUCUUCGUGUGGAACAGGAUGCAAUUGUCUACCUCCUAUGAGAAGCAUAUCAAAGCUAAAUAUUUCAGUACGCCAUAUUUUAGUCGUCCGUCAAUCCCGCUGCUACCAUUACUCUUGUCCGUGCAAGCAAUACAUACAGAUGUAUAUCCGUUGUUAAAUUGACGUGGUCUCUGUACUGACAAUGGCACAGUUUGCUUACAACGGCUACUGGUUUAAUCGCAAUCAGACCUCCUCACUCAGACCGAUCUGGCCUCAGACUGCGACACCGCCAAUAACUGAGCUCCGGCAACCGGCUUAGAGACGCCCCAGAUCAGAUGGCAAGUAUAAGCACGCAAACAAAUACACAGAUUACCAGUAGAUGACGACGAUGCUCUGCAUCGGGAACAGUCUUUCCGAAUUGACUAUUGCGGUCAUGACCUUUCUGUCACUCCCUGUGCUUUUUCUUUUUCUUCUUUCACUUUUUCUCUCUGUCAUCCUGACUGCCUCGAUGAUUUGGUGAUGACACCCUAUCUGCGGUAAGCGUCGCGUCUCGCUCCAUCUCGAUCAGUGGUGAUAAUCUCGCGCAAACAUAUAACAGAUAUAGGGAUACUUCGGGAUCUACGAAUACGGUUCAUAGCAUUGGAAUUGAAAGCAGCUAUCGACAUUGUGCUUCGAGACGCAGAAAUUUCAGAGAAUCGACCAGUUUCAUUGUGGAUUCAAACGGGGCCGCAAACUCCGUAUGUUUCGAGCGUCAUGCGACAACGGUCGGCGGAUAGCCUUGCGGUUCUAGCUUCCAUAUUGUUUGUAGCACUCUUAACAUCUUCAGGAAGGUCUCAGGAGGAUGGCGACAACAAGGUGGUGGUCAAUUUCGAAGAAGACAAAUGCAGUUUUCUAGAAACAAAUGAUGACUUGUUCUUGUGCGAAUCUAACAAAACAUGCAUUAGCAAGGCGCUCGUAUGCGACGGACAUCAAGAUUGUGCGGACAAUUUAGACGAGUCGCUCUGUUUUUGCUCUAACGACGCCGAGUGCGUCAAAAAAAAAGGCAAAGGGUACAAGUGUGAGAAGAAUCUAGAACUGGCGAUGUCCAAUUGCAAUCCAUGUCCCAAGGGAAAGCAAUUUGUCAAAGAUCAAUGUGAAGACAUCGACGAGUGCGCAAACAGCAACGACGUCUGCGCAAAUCAGGGUUCCUGUCUCAACUUUGACGGCGGCUAUACGUGCGUGCAAUGCCCGAAGGGUUACGUGGCGCAUAUGCUUGAUCGUCGGUAUUUCGACGCGGUCAACAGAACAUCUGGAUCACGAGACGGUCCAGAACGACGUCAAGUACUCCGGCGACUUUUUUUAUGUACUGAUCUAAAUGAGUGCGAGAUCGAUAACCCGUGCCAUGCGUCGUAUUGCGUCAAUACCGUUGGCUUCUUCCAGUGCGCGUGUCCAUCUAACCAUGCUCCUCAUACAAUGCCAAAUGAUUCCCCAGAUGCGAAACUGGGAUUGGAAAAUGGCGAGUUCGCAGAUAAUGUGUGUCGCGCCAUAGGAGGCGAACCGCUGAUUGCCAUAGCGGAAAAUCAGUCGAUUGCAAUUUACGAUAUGCGAAGCCGCGUGCUUAUCAGAACUGUAAAAGUCGAUCAGGCUAUCGUUGACAUUGUCGCAUAUAAGGACAUCGUCUUUUUCGCUCAUCGCCACCAAGUCUGGGAGUACCGAGUGGCAACGGAUGUCCGAUCACUCAUUGUCGACCUCGACGAGCACGAUAAACAGCUAAACCAGGCAUUAUCAACGUCGAUACGUCGGUUAGCCGUCGACUGGGAGAACAAGAGGAUUUAUAUACUGACCGGCGACACAAUCACACUUGUGAACUUCUUCGGACGUGGAGCUACGAUCAUGCCGCAUCGGGGAAGCGUUACAAGCAUCGCCGUCGACCCUGUCGAGCGCUAUCUGUUCUACAGCGAGCAGGGCAACGUACGUCGAGUGCAUCUUGACGGCACCUCUACACCGGAGCUAAUCUUUCGCGCAUUAGCAACUGUGUUAUAUGAGAAUGUGCAGGGUGGAGAAGCCAUGGCCCUUGACCCGAAUAUUCGCAUCAUCUACUAUAUUCACGAGCGGGUAUUAUACAGCUUCGACUACGAGGGCCAGCAGAGUGCUGUGCUCAAAACUGAGGCACCGUUCGCCCGUCUCGAACCAUUCGAGGACCGCUUAUUCGCAAGUUUCCGGGUCGAUGCUAGCGGACUAGUCAGUUUGCAUCGAAGUGGGUAUACGUUUAGCCAAGAACCAAAGCAGGCGGCUCGUCCAGACAACAUCAUCACCUUUCAGCCCACAAGACCAAGAGCGAUGUCAGUCUUACAUGUCGCGAAAUUUCCGGAAAGCCAUAAACCCACAUUACCUUGUUUUGCCCCUGAAGUGUGCCGAAGUGGCUGGUGUUUCCCACUACCGGAUCCCAACGCGGCAGGACACCGUUGCGUCUGCUCUCCCGGCGACGUAGAUCGCGAUUGCAUUCGAAUUCGUCUCCACAGCUUCAAGCCCAAGAACGCGUUGAUGUCGUCUGCUGAAAUUAGUGCGGCAACAGGCUCGACAAUUACGUAUCGAUACUCUGUCAUCUCCUCAGGCUUAAUUGUAUUUAUUAAUCUAAAAAUGAUUCUUUGAGGAAAUGUGACAACAGCCGUUGGCUGGUUUGUACGAAUAAAUCAGUUAACACCAUUUAUCAUGGAGGAUGCUAAAACGCAAAAAAAAGCGGCCUGGAAGAAAUAAAUCGCCCGCCACUGUGCAAACCAAAAAUCGACCAAGAGUAACUUGUAUAUAUAUUGUAGUUGUAAAUAUAAUUAUCACUCACUCGUAUAAAUUUGUGAAACCGCGUUAUCGUUCUUAACUUCUUCGUUUUUUUUAUUAUCAAAUCGAAUUUACAAUAAAGCGAAAUUAAAGUAGCGAAUAUUCUUCAUUGU